AUGGAUGGUGGGUUUGAGGACCUUGAACUACGAGAGGCACAGAGAGAAUACCUAGAUUUUCUUGAUGAUGAUCAAGACCAGGGUGUGUAUCAUGAGAAGGUCAGAAACAUGGUGACUGAGGGUCAGUGUCGUCUGAUCAUUAACAUUAAUGACCUGCGGCGAAAAAAUGAAAAACGAGCCAAAGAACUUCUGAAAAAUGCCUUCGGUGAACUGGUUGCCUUCCAGAGAGCGCUAAAGGACCUGGUGGCCUCAAUUGAUGCAACUUAUGCCAAACAAUUUGAUGAGUUCCAUGUGGGAUUUGAGGGAAGCUUUGGGAAUAAGCACGUGUCCCCUCGUACUCUUAGUGCUCGGUUUCUGGGCAACCUUGUAUGUGUGGAGGGUAUCGUGACCAAAUGUUCACUGGUCAGGCCAAAGAUCAUGCGUAGUGUUCAUUACUGCCCGGCUACUAAGAAAACACUGGAAAGGAAAUACACCGAUCUGACUUCCCUUGAUGCAUUUCCAUCUAGUGCAAUCUACCCCACCAAGGAUGAAGAGAAUAAUCCACUGGAAACAGAGUUUGGAUUGUGCUGCUACAAGGAUCACCAAACGUUAACAGUCCAGGAGAUGCCAGAGAAAGCUCCAGCUGGUCAGCUGCCUCGAUCGGUCGACAUCAUUGCUGAUGAUGACCUUGUGGAUAAGGUUAAGCCAGGAGACCGUGUGCAGUUAGUUGGUGUGUACCGCUGUUUACCUGCCAAACAAGGCGGGUUCACUUCAGGAACCUUCAGAACUAUUCUGUUGACCAAUAAUGUGAAACUAAUGAGCAAAGAAAUCGUUCCGACUUUUUCUGCCGAUGACGUUGCCAAGAUUAAAAAAUUCUGCAAAACUCACUCCAAAGACGUGUUUGAGCACCUAAGUCGGUCACUAGCUCCCAGCAUCCAUGGUCAUGAGUACAUUAAGAAGGCUAUCCUGUGCCUGCUGCUGGGAGGCAAUGAGACCAACCUGGAGAAUGGCACUCGCAUCAGAGGCGACAUCAAUAUCCUGCUUAUAGGUGAUCCAUCAGUGGCCAAAUCUCAGUUGCUGAGGUAUGUCCUGUUUACAGCCCCAAGGGCCAUUCCCACCACCGGACGAGGCUCGUCUGGAGUGGGUCUAACUGCUGCAGUUACCACAGAUCAGGAAACAGGUGAACGGCGAUUAGAGGCAGGAGCCAUGGUCCUUGCUGACAGAGGGGUUGUGUGUAUUGAUGAGUUCGACAAGAUGUCAGACAUGGAUCGCACAGCCAUUCACGAGGUGAUGGAGCAGGGCAGAGUUACGAUCGCUAAAGCUGGAAUUCAGGCUAGGCUGAAUGCACGCUGUAGUGUGUUGGCUGCUGCCAACCCAGUUUAUGGAAGGUAUGACCAGUAUAAAACCCCUAUGGAGAACAUUGGGCUGCAGGAUUCCCUUCUCUCCAGGUUCGACCUACUCUUCAUCGUUCUAGAUCAGAUGGAUUCGGAGAGUGACCGGGAGAUUUCGGAGCAUGUGUUGCGCAUGCACAGAUACCGACCCCCAGGGGAGCAGGAGGGAGCAGCAAUGCCAUUGGGAAGUACAUUGGAUGUGUUCGCCACAGAGGACCCAAACAUCACCGAGGCAGCAGAACAGGAACUGCAGAUCUAUGAGAAAAAGGACAAUGUCCUGCAUGGCCACCGGAAGAAAAAGGACAAGGUGGUUACCAUGGAGUUCAUCAGAAAAUACAUUCAUGUGGCUAAGCUGGUAAAACCGGUUCUGACUCAGGAAGCUUCAGACUACAUAGCAGAGGAGUAUGCCAAACUCAGAAGCCAUGAUCAGGUCAACAGUGAACUUGCACGGACAAUGCCCGUGACUGCCCGUGCCCUGGAGACCAUGAUCAGAUUAGCCACAGCACAUGCAAAAGCUCGUAUGAGCAAAACCAUCGACUUGGGAGAUGCAGAGACUGCUCUGGAGCUUAUGCAGUUUGCGUACUUCAAAAAGAUCCUAGAGAAAACCAAGAAGAGGAAAGUCCCAGAAGACAAUGGCGAAGCGGAGCUUGAUGAUACACUGAGCCAGGAAACGCCAAGCCAAAGAAGUGUCAGAAAACGUUCUCGUGUCUCUAAAGAUGAUGCAGAUUCAAUGAUGGCAGAUGAAGACUCUGACCCUUAUGACUUUACAGAAGAUGAAAACACUCAGCCUAGCCAGAAAAGCAAGCCAGCAUCUCAGAAAAGCAGCCAGAAGAAGACGGCUGACACUGGUCAGGACAGAAUGAAGGUUUUCAAAGCAGCCCUGCUGAAAGCAUUCGAAGUGACGAGGUCUCAGUCUGUAGCCAUUCCUGAACUUCUCACCCAUAUUAACAAAGGCCAAUCUGAGGAGUUUGACCAGAAGGAGGUGAAUGCACUGCUGGACCGUAUGCAGGAUGAUAACCAGGUCAUGGUGUCGGAGGAUGUGGUGUUUCUUAUCUAAUGCAACAAUCAUUGGAUAUUGAAUUAUAUUGUAAUAUAAUUUGUCAAAAAUUGUUAUACAGCAACUAAUAAAUAACU